AUGAAACAAAUUCCUGGUGUUAUAGCAGGAAAGCAAGGAACAAAUAGUCUUUAUAUACCAAGUAUAUAUUCUAAAAGUCAAAAUGAAUGGGUAGAUAAUUUUUACAAACAAAAUGGUUAUUUAGAAUAUGAUGCGCUUACACGUCUUGGAAUAUCAGAUCCACCAAAUUUUAUUAAACGCCAUUUUCCAAAUGAAAAUGUAGCUUUCUUGCAUUCUGUUGCAGUAGGUGCAAAUAUUAGAGAUCAAAUAGAUUCAAAUAUUGAAGAAGCUAUUGUAACUGGAUCUUUUGUUGAUAUAAGUCCUCUUUUACCAUCUGUAUUUUCUGAUAAAGAUAUGGAAAUGCUUCUUAAAAUUGCGGGAAAAAAAAUAAAUAACAACACACAUGUAUUUGCAAAAACUAUUGUAAUUUCUGAUGUAUUUUUACAAUCUUUAAAUAAAUCAUUUGAAGCAAUAGCAGAAGCAAAAGCUAAAGAAGCAGUAGUUAGUGGGCAAUGGUUCCAAACAAUAGCAGAAAACAGGAUUAAAUCUAAAUCAGCAGAUUUAAUAUUUGAAAAUAAAGGAAACAAAAAAGAAGAACGUCGGAAAAAAGCAACAACUGGCAAAACAGGUGGUGGUACUCAAGGACGAGAGACAAAAACAAAAUCUACUAAGAGAAAGUAUUUACAAGGAAAAAAUCGCGAUGCCGAAUCUGAUGAUGAAAAUACAAAAGUUCUUUCAACUAAAAUUGAACUUAAACUAAUAUCUUUAGAAGAUAUUAAAACUGAAAUUGCAAAAGAUGAUAAUUUGUCAGUAAUUGAUGACUUAGUAGAUGAAUUAGCAUUAUAUUUAGAACAAAAAGUAAAUAACUAUGCUACAUCUAUUGCAGAACAAUUAGCACAAAACAAUAAAACUACAAAUUUAAGCGAAGUUGAAGAACGUUUAAAUGUUCUAGUAACAAAUAUUAAAAUAUUUGACAAAGGCAUUAAACAUAUAGAUAAAACAAAUCAACCUGCCUUAACGAAAUAUUUACUAAAGUCUCUUGUUACCGACUUUGUAAAUGAGUUAUUUAAAUUAGCUGCUCAACAAAAUAUGCUUCAAUUUCCUGAGAAUAUUACCACAGAGACAAGGCAAAAAAUGUUGCUUGAUUUGCCAGAAGAUGUGAAAGAACCUUUAACUAAUAUACAUAAAUCUAUUCCUGGAAAUUCUAUAGAUGAUUUCCUAAAUUUUGUAGAUGCAGCAAUGGCAAGUUGUUGUUUAGUAUUAAAAAAAUAUGAUAAAAAGAAGGAAAGACCAUUUAUUUUGGGUCACAAAGAAGCCUUACUAGAAGAACUUAAUACUACUCAAGAUCCUGCAUUAGCACUACAUCUAAUCACAACAACAACGCAAAAUGUUAUACAUAUGUCUGGAAGACAUGUAUCUACUAUUCUUUCAUUUCUUCAAACACAAUUGCAACUCUCAACAAUGGAAAUAUUAUCUAAAUAUCACGAUAUGGUGCUAAAAAGUUUAACUUCUUCAGAUGAAGAAACAAAGCUUGACAUUCAAAAGGAAUUACAAAUUGGACUAGAAGAAAUUAAAAAUAUUGCAAAUAACUACAAACAACAUUUAAAAAAUGAUGCACAAGAGAAUAAAUAC